UGUGGCAUAUGUGAUAGACGGCGUGCGGAAUGAAGAGGUGGGCAGUUGACCGCCUUCAGAUGAUUGGCCACCACGCAAGGAACGUCGAGAUCUGCCGCCAAAAGUUCUUCGGAGCUCUUUUGGAGACGAAACAUCAACUACUGAGUGCUGACAGAUUGACAGUCUUUUUGUUUUUUGUUUUUCAUUUAAUGUCCUCUUGUUCUACUGCGCCAUGUCAAAAGAGACUGCACUGUCAAUUGCUGAGCGCGACUUCAUCCACGAAGCCCUGCUUCAGAAUGUCCGUUUAGACGGGCGAGACGCUGAUUCUUUCCGCCCUCUAUCCGUGUCGUUUGGAGAUGAGUAUGGACACGUCAAGGUUAGGCUGGGACAGACGAGUUUGGUUGUGCGCAUAUCCGCUGAAGUUGCGCAACCCCGCGAUGACCGGCAAGCUGAUGGCAUCUUCCUGAUCGCCCUAGAACUUACGACCAUGGGCUCACCCGCGUGGGAAAAUCUACGGCAAACUGACCUUGAGACUUACGUAUCGCGUGUCCUCGAUCGCGUAAUCCGUCACUCUAAUGCCCUUGACACGGAGUCUUUAUGCAUCCUCAAAGGAAAAAGCUGCUGGCAUAUCCGUGCCGAUGUCCAUGUGACCGAAUUUGACGGCAAUCUCAUAGACAGUGCCUGCAUUGGUAUAAUGGCGGGCUUGCAGCAUUUCCGUCGCCCAGAUAUCGAGGUGAAAGAGGGCCAGGUUACAGUGUUCAGUCUCGACGAGCGAGUGCCGGUGCCGCUGAACAUCACACACAAACCGCUUUCAGUUACAUUCCAGACAUUCCACGAGGGAAAGGUUCUGAUUUUAGAUGCUACCCGCAAAGAGGAGCAGGCAUCCGAAGGAGAUUUGAUCAUUGCACUGAACAAUUCGGGGGAAACAUGCGCUCUCUACAAAUCUGCAGGAAGUCCUGUCAGUGCCAUUGACGUUAUCAACAAGACCGGUCUCGCGUUGCAGAAGGUGCGAGAGAUCAACGCAGUAAUUAGCAAACAUCUCGAAGCCGACCUGGCAAGGCGCGCAAAACAAAACCGUGCGGUCGAAGCCAGUGCCGAAAACGACAGAGAGGGAUGAGAUGAAACGCUUGCAUGGUAACAAUAAAGUAGAAUUCCGUACCAGACCUGCAUCGUAUCUCAGGCCACCGACCAGCCAGAGCCAAAGCUUACAUUUGCACAGCCGGCGGUUCGUAUUCAUAAUUAGGUGUCUUGUGGCGGGCCCCUGUUUUGAAGCGGUUUCACGGUUGCCUGGACGGUGGACCACCAUCAUUACUUCUCCCAUGGCGGUGCAACCGAUCAACCCUUGGGAGUAGAUGGAGCGGCCCUUGAAUGCGCAUGAACAGGGAAAUUAGCUGUCAAACAGAACAUCGAUUGAUCGGUGCAUUGGGUGUUGGGCUGCUGGAGAAUAGAAACAACAAUAGUUAAUUAACAAUAAUGAUUAUAUAGUCCGAGCCAAACAUGAUACGCGCCGAAAAUAGGAUGUUCGCGAAUAAUAAUAGCCCG